CAAAGAAUUGUUUGAGGUGAUCGAUUAGAAAAAUUAGCCAAUGCAUUAGGAAGUCACUAUUUGCCUUUUCCUGAUUAAUGCAUGAAUUAUUAAUGAUGUUACAUCAUGUUCAUACAUAUCUUAUCUAUAUUGAAGAUAUUUUUUUUUUCUUUUAUAAAAAAAAGCAUGGUAGUGUUUUAUUUUUUUAAAACACAAAAUGUAAAAGCCUAGGCAUUAAGAGUUUUCUAUGGGCUUUUGGCCCAAAAACUUUGGAAAGGAAAACUUGCUUGUUGGAGAUUGUUACUCAGCCCCAUUUUUCUAAUUUCACUCCCUACUUUUCUUUAUUAAAUUAUGAAUUUACCUUUUUGUACUCCUUAACCCUAAACUCCUUUUAAACUUUCUUGCCCCUUUCUUCGACCCCCUCACCUUCUGUUCCUUCUCACCUCUCCCUCGAAUGAGACCUGCAUUUCGCCAGAGACAGACACAUGAGACUCCAAAAGGAAUUAAUGACUCUCAUGAUGAGUGGAGGAGAUCUUGGGGUAUCGGCUUUUCCUGAUGGGGAGAGUAUUUUUACAUGGAUUGGCACAAUUGAAGGUGGAAAAGGGACUCUGUAUGAGGGUUUAUCUUAUAAGCUCUCCUUACGUUUUCCCCUAGACUAUCCUUUUAAGGCCCCCCAAGUGAAGUUUGAGACAAUGUGCUUUCAUCCAAAUAUUGACCAGUUUGGCAACAUUUGUCUGGACAUCCUUCAGGACAAGUGGUCUUCAGCUUAUGAUUGCAGAACUAUUCUUCUGUCUAUUCAAAGUUUACUGGAAGAGCCUAACCUGGAGAGUCCUCUAAACAGCUAUGCUGCAGCACUUUGGAAUGACAAGGAAGAUUACAGGAGAAUGGUUCACAAACAGUAUUUUGCUGGAGAAGCUCUUGAAAGCUGAUUGAUAAAAUUCCAAAGCGAGAUCAAUUAGUUUCCACGCCAUAGUUGUAAACGUUUGCCUGAAGAAAAAGUCUGCACCUUAUAAAUGUCCUUUUUUUUUUCCUUGCUUUGAUAUUGUAACCUGAAACUACGAGAGUUCUAAGUCCUCUUAAAAGUCUUUUAAUUACUUUCUGUAUAGUAGUAAAAGUUUUCAUUGCAAAAUAGCCAAAUGACGCAAUGACAUCUUUGUGAUAUUUUUUGCUUCGGAUGCACGAUGCUUACAACUGUAUAUUCAUGUUACGUAAUAUCUGUCACUUUGAAGCUGAUGCUUGGAUUCUUUACUA